GGCCUACGUGGGGUCACGAGCAAGCGGUGCUGAAGCGCCGCCUGUGAGCUGCGGAGCGCGCUGUUGCUCUUUGGGCUCGCCUCUUCCUCUCAGAUGGGGCGCGCGGAGGGGCCCGCCUGGUGCGCGCGGGGCGUCGCUUGAGUCGCCGCUCUCUCCCCGCCGCCUUCCUGCAGCCAGCCGUCCCCGUCAUGAGGCGCAGCGAGCGGAGAGGUCACGGAGGGGGCUCCGGAAAGGCAGCCCUGGAGGAAGAGGAGCAGCCGCCGCUGUCGGAGCCCAAUGGGGCUUCUCCCCCCGUGGCAGAGGUUUCGCCGCGACGCUGUAGGGGCGCGACGCCGGGAGCCGCCGCCGCCCCCACUACCACCACUGCUUCCACCACGACGCACGGAAGCCGGCGCAGCACGGAGUCCGAGGUGUACGAUGACGGGACCAACACGUUCUUCUGGCAAGCACACACCUUAACAGUCCUGUUCAUCCUGACCUGCACCCUGGGAUAUGUGACACUGCUUGAAGAAACCCCACAGGAUACAGCCUACAACACAAAGAGAGGUAUUGUUGCCAGCAUUUUAGUUUUCUUGUGUUUUGGAGUCACUCAAGCAAAAGAUGGCCCAUUUUCAAGACCUCAUCCAGCCUACUGGAGGUUUUGGCUGUGUGUCAGUGUAGUGUAUGAGCUUUUCCUCAUCUUCAUACUUUUUCAGACUGUACAUGAUGGAAGACAGUUUAUGAAAUUCAUUGAUCCAAAUUUAGGAGUCCCCUUACCAGAAAGAGAUUAUGGUGGAAAUUGCCUUAUAUAUGAUCCAGACAAUGGGACAGAUCCCUUUCACAAUAUUUGGGACAAACUAGAUGGAUUUGUUCCUGCUCAUUUCCUUGGCUGGUAUAUAAAGACAUUAAUGAUUCGUGAUUGGUGGAUGUGCAUGAUUAUCAGUGUAAUGUUUGAAUUUCUGGAGUACAGUCUGGAACAUCAGCUCCCAAACUUCAGUGAAUGUUGGUGGGACCAUUGGAUUAUGGAUGUAGUAGUAUGCAAUGGACUUGGCAUUUAUUGUGGAAUGAAGACUUUGGGGUGGCUUUCUUUGAAAACAUAUUCAUGGCAAGGACUUUGGAACAUUCCGACAUACAAAGGAAAAAUGAAGAGAAUUGCCUUCCAAUUCACGCCAUACAGCUGGGUUAAAUUUGAGUGGAAGCCAGCAUCCAGUCUUCGCAGAUGGCUAGCAGUCUGUGGUAUUAUUUUUAUAUUUUUAUUAGCAGAGUUGAACACUUUUUACUUGAAAUUCGUCUUGUGGAUGCCUCCAGAACACUAUCUGGUCCUGCUGCGGCUUGUCUUUUAUGUGAAUGUGGGAGGUGUAGCCAUGAGAGAGAUCUAUGACUUCAUGGAUGAUCCAAAGUUCUAUAAGAAGUUGGGUCAGCAAGCAUGGCUGGUUGCUGCUAUCACAGCUACAGAGUUCCUUAUUGUGGUAAAAUAUGAUCCCUACACCCUGACAUUGUCACUUCCUUUCUACAUUACUCAGUGCUGGAUUAUUGGAGUCACACUUGUGCUUAUUUGGACAGUGUGGCGCUUCUUUAUUCGAAAUAUCACCUUGCGAUAUAAAGAGAUAAGAAGGCAAAAACAAGAACACAAAUAUGGGAAGGACAAUUGUUUAAGCAACGGUGAUGGACAUCCUGCACUGGCAGAUGAGCACAGUGGGAAUAAACUCAGAGAGAAAGAACUUUGAACUUGAGUAAUGAAUUAAGGACUGAGAGAGUUAUUUUUCUUGCAAGUUUAACCCUCCCUAGUUUUGUAAGUUUUGAUGUUUUCUCAUGAAUGAGAAUCCUUUUGGAAAAGGUGCCACCUAAUCUCUCUUGAGGAAGGUGUUUACAACUAACGCUAGAAGCAGUGCUUCCCCCAAAAGGGGAACUCCACCUAAGUGUGGUGUUAUAAAUGUCUGUCAUCUUACAAAACGGAGGAUUAAACAGGUGCAAAGGGAAUCUUAGUAGCCUCAGUUCUGGAAAACCAUGGCUGUUUGUGGGGUGUCAGGAACACAUUUUAUGGAAUAAAUAUGUGCACUGUGAAAAACAGUUUGGUAUUUUCCGCUGCGACUACCUUGGACUGUGGUACUAAUACGUCCUCAUCCAUUCAUUUUCAUUCAACUAUUAAUACAAUAUCAACAAAAUAAAUGGAGAGAUGCAAUUGAAGCUCGAGAACAAACUGCAUAACUUUGCACAAUAUACUAUUGCAAACAGCUCUUGGGGGUCCUGGAUCUAGUUGCCUGUGUCUCAAAGCAAAGGUGCAUUACCUUGAAACAGCCUGCUAGUUUUAUACUGCAUCCUCUUGAUACCAAAUACCUCUUCAGUUCAUAUUUAUCCUGGUCUUAGGCCAGAAAGUUUAACUUUCCUGUCUGUUAGCUAAAUAGAGCAAGUGAAGGCUAUAAUGAACGUGAAAAAUAUUUAAUCCACCAAAGCCGUGUGUUCUUUGCCUUAUUUUUCUACCACUGAGCUGGUUUCUGCUCUUGCCUUGAGUCUUAGGACCGCCCCCCCCCCCAAUUGCACAUGGCAGAGCAUGUCAUAUGAUCAUCCAGAACUGUCUUUGUUACUUCUAGAGUUUAAGCUGCACUAGAUAAGGUGGAGUUAUAUCGAGGCAACUGCAGUGUGCACAGUCAGCCACUAUAUGCUAAAAGGCUACUGCUCAUGAGAGCUUCCAGUCCAAGAACUCUGGCUGUCUUAUUUGUCACUUGCCUCCUAAAACUCCAUUGAACAAAUGGGAGUUUAUGUUACAAAUAUAUUCUCUACAAUUAGAGUUGUCAUAGGAACGGGUUUCACAUUCCUAAAACAGUUGUGUGAAUUUUCUCCUUAAAUGUAACACUAAAUUAAUAUUAACAAAAUAACACUGUCUUAAAUCUGUUGAAACUUCUGGAAAUUUGAAGUGAAUAUCAGUUAAAAUGUUAGCCCUGUCCUCCCUCCUCUCUCUCUCUCUCUCUCCUCCCCCAAUAAAAUCUCAAAAAUGCUGCGGGUUAAAGCACAAUGCACAGACCUUGGCUUCAUUUCAUGUCAAUACUUGAAUGGGAAAACAAGUCUGCCUUUGCCUUGUUUCUACAAUGACACUAAUGUUCUCUUCUUAAACAAUAGACACUUUCAGCAGGGCAAAAUUAAAAAAAAUAUUUCCAUAUAAAUGAAUCUUAGAAAACUCAGCAAAUGAAGUAAUUUUUUUAGCAUAUAAAAUGACUGAAGGAACUCUGUUUCAUGAUGAUCAGAAUGAGGAAGAUCAUAUGAAGCUUAUUUCUUGAUUUGUGCAAGAUUUACUGCUGUUAAGUCACUGAAUGGGUGAUGUUUAUAAUUAGGAUUUUUCAGCUGUUCAGUAAUAAGAAAUACUAUGGCUAUAACUAGGCAUUAACAGACAUCUUAAAAGAGCAGAUGCUGAGUUGAGCUGGUACAUAAAAACAAGCCUCUCCCCACAUGGAAGCAGUAGGUUUUUGAAGUUGUUCAGGUUAAUUUUGUACCUGUUUUGUGAACUGACUAGAGGUAGUACCAGUGUACCUGUGCUAAUGUGGCCCUAGUUUUUCAAGGCUUGCAUAGGCAUAUAGUCCAUGUCUGUUUUUGUACUAGUAAACUCUGCCCCCUUGUAAUUUUGUAUUGUUGUGUCCUCCAUGUAUUCUGGUGGUAACAAGUGCAAUGGGGAGAACGUGAAAGGAAUUUUAACUUUGUUUUGUUUUUUGAGGAACCAAUUGUGUAAAAGUUGAGGUAUAAGGGGGGGGAUUGAAGUUGACCUCCUCUUAAAACAUUACUUUUGUACUGAUCUUUAUGUUUAUUGAAAUAUUGAGUCUUACAGUUAUAGUCUGGAUAACUGAACAGAUGUAAUAAAAGGUUGUUUGCUGGUG